UUCUUCAGGUGUGUGAACGAACUUCAGCUUGUUCCUUUGCAGCCUAUGCAUGCUGACGCAGCUCCCUACCUGAUGUAUAUUUAACUGCUCAAGCAGAAGAGAUGCUUGUGUAUUCGUAAUGCAGUGUAUAAAAACUCUACAUUCCAAGAGGACGUUGCCCAAAACAAGGAAGCGAUUGUGAAAUAUUCCGCACUUUUUGAUGUCUUAUUCCCCUGUGACGUCCUGCCAUGUCCAGGGUGCACUCUGUCUUGCUCCCAGUGCUUGCUGGGACAGGCUCUGGCUCCCUGCCACCCUGUACUGGGUGAAAUGGGUGGCUGGAUGGCGUUGGUUUAUGCCGAAGAGCUGGUGCCUUGGGAAACCAGCACAGACCAGUCCUGCCCUGCGGGGGCUGAGGUGCCGCCCGGGAUGAGACUGGGGUAGCGAGGCAGAGGGGAAGCUCGGGCUGGGGUGGAGCUGUUGACUGUAAACCCAGCGCCGGCAUGAAUCCCAGAUCAAAGAAUUCCUGAGCCGGAGAGGGCCAGCUCCCGGGCGGUCCGUACCCCGCAGGAAGGAAGGCCCAGAGGAAUCCGCGGGACCCUGCGAGGCAGCUGUGAGCGUCACCUGUGGGGUCCCUGUGUGGGGAAAGCACCUCGACUGUCUGCAGUCUCCUGUCGCCCUUGUUGGACCUGCACAGCUUUCGGAGUGACGGCGUAGGAUUCAAUUCUGAGCGCAGAUCGGAGAGCACGUUCUGGCAUUCGCCCCUUUCCCCCCCCAACCCCCGUACGAAACAAAGUAAGAUGGUCAAAACAAAACAGCUACAGCCCCCCCUGGCUCCUUGCAGCAGAGCGGGCGAAAAAAGGAAAGGCUUGUUUCAGUCACGGCGCCCCCCCGUACGCCCCCUCCUGACGAGCCCCCCCAGAGAUUGUGAGAUUCCUGGCCAGGCUGGGAGGGGGGCUCUCCUGCCCAGCGGCUCGUACAGCCUGUCCUCGCCCCAGCUUGUACUCUGGCUGAACAGACACCUGCUCUCUCGUUCACCAGUAGAGCCUAAGGGCUCUUAUUCUUAAAGCUUAUCAUAUUUCUCCGCCCGCCCGCCCCUCUGCGCGCACACACACACACCGAACAGCUCAUGCUCUAAUGCUCUAAUGAGGCUGGCCUGCUCCUCACCCAGGGGCUGCCUGUACAGAGAGCUGGGUGGGGACACAGAGCUGCCAGAUUAAACCUGAACUCUCCCCCUCCACCCCCCCCCCCAUCACCUCCUGUCGCCAUGGUGACACCCUUUCUCUGCUGGCUUACCUGCCUGAGCCCGGCCUGUGCCCCUGGCGGCCCUGUCCCAGAGUCACUUUCUCCCUCCUGCUUUCAAAGAAGACCUGUCUCUUCUGUGGCGCGUUGUUUUUUAUGGUUUUUGCCGGGCAAGCGUCUGCGCUCUUGCGCGCUCAGAAGGUGAGACCGGACUGCACCAGCGGGACCUGGCGGGAAGGGGUGCACCAUCGCGACAUGUUACCUCAAUCGAGAGCUGCCGUUCCCUUUUUCUCCUGCUUCCUCUUCCUCCUGCUCUCCCUCCCCUCUUCCGUCGCGUUACGGGCCUCCUCCCACCACCCAGGGCACAUCCCUGCCCUGGUGCCCCACGCUACCCUUCCCCUCUCUCGGCCUAGCUUCUCCGCCCUCCCCCAGCUGGACUUUACCACGCACUGCAAUACCACCUGCUACCAGCAGGGGGAGGCGUCACCCAGCUGGGAGCUUCUGACUGAGCGACUGGCCUACGAGACGUUGUACGCAGACGGCACGCGCACCCUGACCACCGUGGAUCUGGAGGACAAGGAAGAGGAGGAGCCCGGCCCCGCAAUUCAGCCUCCCCCCAGGAGGUGGCGCCCCGCUGCGCGCGGGAGGCGCAAGCGUCAGAUCUACGGGGCCGACGGCCGCUUCAAUAUCCGCGGCAACAACUUCCUGCUGGACUACCCCUUCUCCACCGCCGUGCGCAUCUCCACGGGCUGCACCGGGGUCCUGGUGUCGGAGCGCCAUGUGCUGACCGCCGCCCACUGCGUGCAUGAUGGGAAGGAUUACGUCAAGGGGGCCCGCAAGCUGAGAGUGGGCUUUCUGAUGCCCCCUUCGAACAGCACCAAAACCGAGCGCCACCCGCCCGGGUCCCAGCCCGAGAGGAAGCCGCUGGUGCGCUGGGUGAGGGUCAAGCGAACCCGGGUUCCGAAAGGCUGGAUCCAGGGACCCCAGGAGGCCAGCAUGGACUUCGACUACGCCCUCCUGGAGCUGCGCGCCCCCCACCGGCGCCCCUACAUGCGUCUCUCCGUGGCCCCUUCCGCCCAGGACCUCGCGGGCAAGCGGAUCCACUUCUCCGGGUUCGACAGCGACCGGCCCGGAGAGCUGGUGUACCGGUUCUGCCCCGUGGAGGACGAGUCCAACGACCUCAUCUACCAGCACUGCGACGCGCGGCCCGGCGCCAGCGGCUCGGGGGUGUACGGCCGCGUCUGGGACGCCGCGCUGGAGCGCUGGGAGAGGAAGGUGAUCGGAGUCUUCUCGGGACACCAGUGGCUGGAGAUCAACGGGGAGAACCGAGACUUCAACGUCGCCGUCCGGUUCACCCCUCUCAAGUUUGCACAGAUCUGUUACUGGGUGAAGGGGAACCACUUGGACUGCCUUCAGGACUGAGCGCAGGAGACUGGGCUGGGGACCGUAGCCUGGGGGUCCCGGUGCCCUAGUCCCAUAUCAUUCAACUUCUUUAAACGGUUUCAUGCUUUGUGAUUAAAACAAGGUAGUAAAUUCCUAAAGAAACAGCCUUUAUGCGGGGGCAGCCCGUGCAUGCAAAGGCUAAAGAAGAAUCUUGUCUGUUCUUAGUGGGAAAUGUCUGUCUUGGGCGCCCUUCCUGGUUCUUGGCUUGCUUUGCCCGCACUCACUGAUAGCGAUUGUCUCAGCAGAGAAGAGUCUUCGUGAAAGGAAGCUAACAGACCACUCUGGACCUCUUUGUGCGUGACCUACGGCAAACCGUAGGAGCGCUGUGAUAAUUUAAUCGAUACUUCGUUGAUGCACUUUUGCUUGCCCUACCUGCCUUGUGUAUUUUACUGUGUCUGUUGUCGCGGUCUGAGAGGACCCGAAACCGGUCCCUCUCCUGAUAUCUCCCCCUCCCCCCGCGAACAGCGAAUUCCCCUGCCCCCUGCCCCCCGGGCUGUGACGGACCCAUUAGCACAGGACGGGCCAGGCUCCGUUCCCACAGGACCGGGGGGGCAGUCGUAGCUCCACCUUCCCAGCUUCCAGCUGAAAGUUCCAGCAUCCCUGUGCCGUGGACCGCAUGAGCACCCUUUAAAUCAGAUCCACUGAGAUACUUCCUCUCCAGCCUGUGAUUACCGUCAGGUCUCUUUCAAACGACCUGCACACCCAUGAGCACUCUCAUAAGAGAAGAAGCUGUGAUUUUGUUUUACCAUGAGGAGGGCGCUCCGUUUCAUAAGGGUAACCGGUCAGGUUGAGGAAAUCACUAAGUUGGAAGAUUUAAGGAACUAACGUCUCAGUGUGCUUUUUUGGGGGGGAGGAGCAGAUCUCCCUGUAAAUAUAAGGGGAAAUGCGCUGAAGGGCCUUUAAUGAGAGUUUAACUGGUGGGACAAUCUCACAGCCUCUGUGCCUGACAGCACCGCUCUCUGCAGAGCACAGGCUGAUGCUGACCAGCCUGCUCCCGGCCAUCCCCCCCAGUAACACAGCACUUCCUUGUCCGCGCGUGUAGCCCUGACAGCCACGCAACGGCUCGGCGUUCCUCUGCCAGGGCCCGGCCGGGGCACUGCCGUUAGCAGGAUUCCAGUUGCGUUUCAUUUCGUUUCAUUAAGUUUUAUUUGAGAAAGCCUUCUAUAUAUUUGAAUAAACUGGAUAUUUGAUUAACUGUU